AUGCUAUCGUUAUCGUGUAGUCAGUUGUUCGUGCGUCCGGGAGAAGCAGAUGUGAUUCAACAGAUCCGGGAUAUUAAUGACAAUCCUCCGGUCUUCACCAACCUGCCGAAGAAUAUCAGCAUUAAAGAGGAUACCUCUGUAGGUUCAUUAGUGUUUACAGUGAGUGCAACCGAUGCAGAUUCAUCCCCUGCUAAUGCCUUCGUAUUUGCCAUUGAAACUGGUAAUGAGGAAGGAAGAUUCGAAUUCCCUGAUUCCAGUGAUAACGAAAUUAAACUGAAGAAAUCUCUUGACUAUGACGAUGGUACAAAACAGUUCGUGCUUCGAAUUAUCGCAAAGAACACCCUUUCCACUCCUAAUCUGAACUCUACAGCUGUGUUGACCAUCAACGUUGAGGAUGUGGAUGAUUUGGGUGCGAAGUUUGAGAAGAAUUUGUACGAAGCAACACUAGUCAAAGAUUCUCUGCCGGGAACCGUGGUGACGACUGUCCAGGCUAAAGACAGGGAUAGUCUUAACGCUACUGUAGAAUUCAAAAUAUAUCAAGAAACUAAUCCUGGUAACGUGUACAAAGUCAAUAACAACACAGGAGAGAUAACAGUCAAUGGACCUCUGACCAUUGGAACGCAGCUACUGGUCGUCACGGCCACAUCGACCAAACAUCCUCCUGCAUUCACCGUGGUCAAUAUAACAGUUGCUUCAAUGCUCAAAAUGUCGUACACUGUCACUGUAGCUGAAGGACUAAGUAAUGUGGUCAUUUUGAAUUUAGAACCUGUAGAACAGUACUACAACGUCAUCGGAGGAACAUUCUCUAUCAUACCUAGUGCACAAUCUAGUCUCUUCUCCAUAGACGGCAAAAACCUUAAAGUUGGGGGAGCAGCGUUGGACAGAGAGACUCGAGACCAAUACCAAUUGAAUAUUGUGGUAGAUAAAGAUGGUACAAGAAAAGGAGUGGUUAUGGUAACCGUGAAAGUGCUGGACGUCAAUGAUAAUACACCACAAUUCGUAGGAUCUCUUCCAUACAGUGUCAGCAUCUCAAGCAACAGAAACUUGUGCUCAAUAUUUUUCAAAGUGUCUGCUACUGACAGAGAUGCUGGAUCGAAUGGCACAGUUCGAUACUCUAUAACAUCUGGGAACAACGAGGGUCUAUUCUCGAUCGACAGCUUAACAGGACAAGUAUCUUUAAAAUUGCCUUUAGACCGAGCAUCUAAAGAUCAGUACGUCUUAAUAAUAAAGGCUUCUGAUGGAGGAAAUCCUCAAAUGGCUAACUCCACUACUCUUAUUAUAAAUGUAAAAGACUUGAAUAACAACGACCUUGGAGCCGCACCAACGAACUGCGGUGAGACAUUUGAAUGCGACAGCAAACACAAUGGGAUCUCAGCAUUUUCUAACAUUGCUUUAGAGGAGAGACAUAAGGAAGAAUUGGGUGCUUUUUCGCAUACAACAGAUGAACAAAAUGUCAUUCCUGCACCCAAAGAACAAAGCGACGCACCAGGACCAGCAUCUGUUACUCAGCAGCCAUCUAUGGAUACAGAUUAUGAACUUCCUGACAGACAGUCUUUGAAAACCAACCAACCAACUCCUGCACCACAUACUUAUCAGGCCCUUAAUGUCACAUCACCUGGUGAUCAGUCUACACUUUGCCAUGCUUAUGAGCCACUACACUUCGGAGAUAGUAGUUCAUGAAGUACUACAAUGCGACCUGAGUCACCCAUGAUUUAAAGGAAUAUAUGCUGAGUAAUAGUACUUUUCUGAAUUCUUAAAAUAUCGCUGUGUUCCAUGACUAUAGACCUAUUUACUCAAGGUUAGGCCCAAUCGACCGUUUUCGAAUUAGUCAAAUACCACUGUGUCCGCCUUGAUAGAGUACCGGAUCAUGACUCCAUCAAAUUCCAAAGUUUGCUAAUUAGUUUUGAAAUGUUCGCAUUCGAAGAAAACACAACAUUGCCUACAUAUCAGCGUAGAAAUUGGAAAUUUAAGCUCCAAAAAUCACCAUACAUGUUCUCUUAUUUUCUCUUACUAUGUUAGAUCCAGCCCCAAAUAAGAGAAAAUGUAUGCGCAUAUUUUAGUACUAAAUUACCUAUAUCUUAGAAGAUAUAACUAGCUAAAAACUAGUGUGAGCUGCGUCGGUGUUUCUAAUGAAACAGUGAUGAUAAAAGGGUAAAUUAUACACCGUGAAAAGAUGAAAAAACUAGCGUCCAAAACGUCAAUAAGUUUUUUCAUCUUUUCACGGUGUAUAAUUUACCUUUUUAUCAUUACCUAUAUCUCAGCUGUUUUGCCAUCUAUCGCUCUAAAAUUCCAAACUGUGUUAUAUUUUUACAUACAGUUUCUGAAAAUGUCACAAAAAUCGUAAAUUUCUUAAGAAAUAAUUUAGUGACGUUGGCACUCUGUUAUUACAGACUCAUUUAUACUGGGUUAGUAUCUAUUCUCUACUUUCACAUCCCCAUAAUACUUUGCGUCUUUUGGGGGUAACCAGAGGGUAAAAACCCACUUAUUUUGUUGAA